GGUGUUGUGCCAAUUUUGGGGUCAAAAUUGAGGCAGACAUAACUAGGGUAUUGUUUGGCAUAGUUUCUUGGGCUUUCAGAGCUAGAACGUCAAAAACAGUUUGAAACUGAGAAAAGUUGAAAGCUUUGACAUGCCACCCUUUAGAAAUAGCGAUAGAAAUAGGAUAUCCACAAUGCCCGUGCAUAUGGUGGGAUAUCUAGUGCGAAAGCACUGUAUCUCCAUGUGCUUCAUGUGAUGCCUUUGCAUAGCUGCAUACAGAACUGCUGCUGGGCAUUUUAACUACCUUUCUCAUAGAAGUUUCAUAUUUAGAGUUUGCAAGAAACAUUGUGAGAAAUUGGGCUUGAGUUUAUCUCAUAAGCCUCUAAUUAUAGUGUGACGCUCGGGAGGGUUUUUGUUUAUGAUAAUUUCAAGCUUAAGACCUCUGAAAUUGGCCUAAAACUAAAAUAGUAUAGAGCGUUACAUAUUGAAAGAGUCACUAAAUUAUGCUUUUUUUUUCUAAAAAAUGUCUCUAAAUAUUGACAAAUUUGUAGUUUAUGGGGUUGACGAUUCAUUCCUCCACUUCUAAGAUCACGACCUUUCUUGUUGCCCUCUGAAUUCUUAUGGUUGCAAGUUUCUAGUAUAUGACCACCUCACAAAAGUGGUUUCUGAUCAGUUUCUUAUGGCUUCAUCGGUUGCCUUCUUUCAUGAUCUCCAAGCCCUGGCAACGAACCCAUUACCCAAACGUGUCUCCCUUUUCUUUUUCUUUGUUUCAAGAGCGUCAUCGCUGACCAAUCUAGUCCCUUCUCAUUGGCCACUUUGCCCUUUCACACGUGGCUUCGUUUUUGUCACGCACUUGGUUUUGAUCUUUUCCGUACACAAAGUGGGAUAAAGAGAGAUCGAGCAAAGCAAUGGAUCAUGAAAUGGAGCUGAGGGGAUGUGUUUGCCGGAUCAAGAACUGUGCUGUUGAACUCUUCUCAAUGGAAGAGGAUCUGGUGAUAGACGAUGAGGACUCGUGGGAUCUCGUUGGGAGGGACCUCCGGUUGAAGGCCACCUUCCUGUACAUUGACCUCAGCCGUGUGAUCUCCUGCUCUGAGAGCAAAGAGCACAAGAAGACGCUCACCGUCCUAGGCAACAAGUUCUUGUACCUCAUGGAUGAGCUGGGUGAUGCAGUGCAGAGCCGAAGCGUCCCUCUGACGCAGGUGUGCUACAGCGACACAACUCAUGCUCUCCGCGAGGUGGUCGCCGCCCUCGUGCCGUCCCUGCAGUUUGGCCCUCAUCUGGAGGAGGAAUAGAAAAAUCAGAUGCCCCCUGAAAACGCAUUGCACUGCAUCGCCAAUCUCGUGGAUCGGGAGAGAGAGAGAGAGAGAUCUGAAUUCUGCUAGUCUCGCAUUUCUUGCAGCAAGCAGGAAAUGCCCCUAGAACAAAGAGGAUAAAGCAAGUACGACAGAAAUGGCGUGCGAUUGCCUAUGUACAUAUCGCAAGUUGGCUUUAGAGCCGAAGCAAACUAAGGGUUUAGCAUCUUUUUUCCU